AUGCCGUAUGAGUAUGACCAGGAAUCCGUUCUUGCUAAUGGAAUCUACCCCGUCGCGAAUGCCAUCGAAAUGGAUGCACUCCUGUUGCUGUUCGGGAUUCUUCUUUUAUCACUUUCCCUUCCUGAACUGGACAGAGAGAUUGAGGUUCCUCAUUCCCGCAUACAGAAUCCCGAAUCCCGGUAUGGUCGCCAAUCAUCAAUUAUCAUGGCUCAAGAUAUCAGACAAAACCGUUGUGCCGCCCUCUUGUGA